AUGCGAUUCACUCGCCUCGCUGCGGGCGCUGUGCUGCUGGGCGCCGCCACCGCCCAGGUCCACACGGAUUGCCAGCCUCUAAACCGUACCGACUGCCCAGCCGAUCCGGCUUUUGGCACGAGCCACUUGUUCAACUUCAACGCAACUCCCUCUUAUGAUCUAUGGGAGACCACCGUCGGAAGCGUCGACUACAAUGCCGACACCGGAGCCGGCUUCUCCGUCAAGAAGCAGGGCGACUCGCCCACGAUUCGAUCCAAGUUCUACAUCUUCUGGGGCCGCUACGAAAUCAGCCUCAAGGUUGCGCCUGGUACUGGUAUCAUCAGCUCUCUCAUGCUGCUGAGUGAUGACCUGGACGAGAUUGACAUCGAAUUUAUGGGCGCCAAUGCCACCCAGGUCACCACCAACAUCUUUUCCAAGGGCGAUGAGGACGACCACUCUUUCGGAAAGGAGCACGUCAUGGCUGGUGGCAACCAGGAUGAUUACCACACUUACAUUGUCGACUGGACCAAGGACAGGCUCGAAUGGUCCAUCGAUGGCAAUGUGAUCCGCACGCUGGCUUACAAUGACGCAAAGAAUGGCGACAAGUUCCCCCAAACUCCCAUGCGAAUGAACAUUGGCAUAUGGGCCGGUGGAGAUCCCUCGCUGGCCCCCGGUACCAUUGCAUGGGCCGGUGGCAAAACUGAUUAUGCCAAGGGACCAUACACCAUGUUUGUCAAGAGCAUCAAGAUAGAGGACUACACCAAGGACGCUAAGGAAUAUUCCUACGGAGACAAGACUGGCAGCUACCAAAGCAUUAAAGUCAAGGAAGGCAACUCAACCGCCUACGAGACUAUCAACAAGCCACCUUCCAAGUCCGCGGCGGAUGGCUGGAAAAAUCUGUCACCCGGCGCCAAGAUUGGCAUCUACUCCGGCGCCGGAGCUGUCGCCGCGCUUGCCAUUGGCACUCUCCUUUACUACUAUUGUAGACAGCGUAGACUUGGCGCUGCCGAAGCCAAGCUUGCCGAUGAAAAAGCCGAGGCUGAGCGCCUUGAACUCGCGCAAUUCCGCAAGGACGGUGUCAACCCUGAUGGCUUCAGAGAGUACGGCCAGGAAUACGGAGAGAAGAGUGCCAAUCUGUCGCCCCCUGGAACAGCUGGCAACCCGUUCAACCACCCCGAUGACUCGCGCCCUAGCUCCCGUCAUCCCACGGCCCCUGACUUGGCUUUUGCCGGCGCGGCCGGUGCGGUUGCUGGCGGUGCCAUGGCAGCCGGCCACGCUCCCAGCCACGCCGUGCCUGGAACGCCAACAUCGCCUCCUGGCGCUUCUCCCGGAUAUUCGGGCUUCGACUUUGGUGUCCCUCCGGCGGCGAGCACAGGCUACAGCAGCAAUAGUCAACGCCAAGUUUCUUGUGCGCAGAGCGACAUGAUGCCACCCCAUCAGUCGCAGUCUCCGGUCGGUCAGAUGCGCUCGGCCACUGCCGACCCUUACCGCCUCGGCUCGCCAGGCCCUCAGCAAGCCUACGGCAUGAACAGAAUGCAGAGCCCGAUGGGGCAGCCGGGUCAAGCAGGCUACGAUACCAGACAGAGCCCCGGCCCUAUGCAGCAACAAUAUGGACAGCAAAGGAUGAGCCCCGGCCCUGGUUGGAGCGGCGGAAACCAGCCGGCCUACCGUGGCCAGCCUGGUGGAGGCAGCCACUGGAACUAA